AUGUGUCCACAUGCACCCCGGCGUGCUACUGCCCACGAAACCUCAAAUAUAUCGACCAUUCAUGGACUUUUGACAUCCGUGCCUGCAAUGGCUGCAACACACACUGAUAGCGCGGUUCUUGCUGUCGACCAGCAACUGGGAAUUGACGACACCCCAAAUCCUGAUGCCUCUGAUGUGGAACGCAUAUUUGAGAACAAGUUGCUGGCUGAAGCCAUGCAGUCGAAACCCAGCACGCUCUCUUAUACCUCAGACAAUCCCGAAUCGGGGGGAAGCGAAGAAGAGGUCAGAGAAAACCUUGGAAGUCAGCCCAUGCCCGAAAGUCACAGACAUGACACGGUCUACGGGACGACCGUCGACCAGGGAAAGAGAGACGAGGCCCGGAGCUGGGCAAAGUAUAUCGACUUUUCAACGGUUCAAGUUUUAGGUUCCUUAUCCGUGCCAUUGUGUUAUUCCGCUCAAAACUGCCAGGCCAAUCCGCCAGGAGGACCAUCUCCGAUGAUCGGUGGUGGGGAGGAGGUUGUUGAAGAUCAUGGUCAUUGA